AGGAUCCUGAAACUUUUCCUGUGGACAUUGGACUUGGUGGAACAGCAAUCAUGACGGUGGGAAAGAGCAGCAAGAUGCUGCAGCACAUUGACUAUAGGAUGAGAUGCAUCCUGCAAGAUGGCCGGAUCUUCAUCGGCACCUUUAAGGCUUUUGACAAGCAUAUGAACUUGAUCCUCUGUGACUGUGAUGAGUUCAGGAAGAUCAAGCCAAAGAAUGCAAAGCAGCCUGAGCGUGAAGAAAAGCGGGUUUUGGGUCUGGUGUUGCUGCGUGGGGAGAACUUGGUUUCCAUGACUGUGGAGGGACCACCCCCCAAAGAUACUGGCAUUGCCCGGGUACCACUUGCCGGAGCUGCAGGAGGCCCUGGGGUUGGCAGGGCAGCUGGCAGAGGUGUACCCGCUGGUGUUCCAAUUCCCCAGGCUCCUGCCGGCUUAGCAGGCCCUGUCCGAGGGGUUGGGGGGCCAUCCCAACAGGUGAUGACCCCACAAGGAAGAGGCACUGUGGCUGCUGCUGCUGUUGCUGCUACGGCCAGCAUCGCUGGAGCCCCGACUCAGUACCCGCCGGGGCGGGGGACCCCACCCACUCCUGUUGGUCGAGCAACCCCACCUCCAGGAAUUAUGGCUCCUCCACCUGGUAUGAGACCACCCAUGGGCCCACCAAUUGGGCUUCCCCCUAGUCGAGGGACACCAAUAGGCAUGCCCCCUCCAGGGAUGAGACCCCCUCCACCAGGAAUUAGAGGUCCACCUCCCCCAGGAAUGCGUCCACCAAGGCCCUAGGAUACUGUUGAUCCUUCUUAAGUCACUUUUUUCCUGCAAUGCGUCUUGUGAAAUGUGUGCAGUGUUCGUGAGCUUUUGUCCCCUCUUUGCUGCAUUAAUAUUAGCUAAUAAAUGCAUAGAGCAAUUAAACUGUGA